AUGCACUGGCAGGGGGAGAUACAGAAGCUGAUAGAUGAGAUGUUAGAGAAGAACGUUAUCCGACCCUGCAACUCCCCAUGGGCAUCUCCUGUUGUCCUGGUAAAGAGAAAGGACGGUGGCUUCCGAUUAAUCGUCGAUUACCGAAGAUUGAAGGAGGCUACCAGAAUGGACGCCUACCCACUCCCAUGGAUCGACGAUCUGUUCAACGCACUUGCCGGAUCUGUGUAUUUUAUCAAACUUGACCUGGCUUCCGGUUACUGGCAGGUGGAAGUAGAAGAGACCGAUCGUGCGGAAACCGCAUUUGUCGUGCCCUCCGGGUUGUACGAGUUUCAGACCAUGCCAUUUGGCUUAACUAACGCUCCAGCUACCUUCCAACGCCUUAUGCAAAAAGCAUUAGCCGACCUGAUCCCGCGUAAAUGCCUCGUGUAUUUGGAUGAUUUCAUCGUACAUGGACAGACGGAAGAUGAACACUUGGACAAUUUGGCGAGUGUUUUGGAAUGCUUGGUGCGAGUGGGAUUAAAGCUUAAGCCCUCAAAUUGUCAUCUCUUGAAAAGGGAAAUGGCGUACUUAGGGCACAUAAUAUCUGGAGAUGGUAUUCGAAUGGACCCGGUAAAGGCUGAACAGGUCAGAUGGUGGCCAACGCCAACCACUACGGAGCAGUUACGUAGUUUUCUCGGGUUAGCAUAA